AUGCCGUCGGUGCUGUACUGGGAUAGGAGGAGGGCAUUUUGCUGGCAGUCCACAAUAACGAAAGUUUUGCAGUUUGGCUUCUUUUGGCCAACCCUACUGAAAGAUGUUGAUGCCUUUGCCAAGGCUUGCGAUAAGUGUCAACAAUUAGGCUCUAUCUCGAAGCGAGAUGAGAUGCCUCAGACUGGAAUUUUGUUUGUGGAAAUGUUCAACCUGUGGGGAAUAGACUUUAUGGGAUCUUUUCCAAAUUCAAGUGGAAAGCAAUAUAUCUUAGUGGCAGUAGAUUAUGUAAGGAAGUGGGUUGAAGCGCAAACGCUCCCUACGAACGAGUUUCUCUCAGUGAUCCACUUCCUAAAGUACACUAUUUUUCCAAGAUUCGAGGUUGUAAGGACUAUUAUAAGCGAUGAAGACACCCAUAUUGGGGAAGUUUAUAACAGAGAAAUAAAACACAUUCUCCAGACCACAAUCAACAAGAGUCGUAAGAACUGGGCUGAAAAAUUAGAUGAUGCGCCGUGGGCCUAUCGAACAGCCUUCAAGACGCCAAUUGGGAUGCCCCCUAUCGAUUGGUUUAUGGAAAAGCAUGUCACAUCCUACUUGAACUCGAACAUUGCGCCACAACAGAAACACGCGGAGAAAUUACUUGAUCUAACCGAGUUUCGGUAUUUUGCAUAUGAAAGUGCAAAAAUUUAUAAGGAAAAGAUGGAAUUCUAUCACGACAGGAAGUUGAAGGAGAAAGAGUUCACUAAGGGAUCCAAGAUCUUACUGUAUGAUUCUAGGUUUCACUUGUUCCGAGGAAAAUUGAAAUCUAGGUGGACUGGACCGUAUGUUGUCAGACAAGUUCUGCCAAACGGAGCCAUAAGAAUGAGUGAUGUGGAUAACUCGACGGAAAGUGAUUUCUUCCUAGUCAAUGGAGCUAGACUGAAACCGUAUAUUGAAGGGCUCGUAUUGCAGCAAGACGAACCAGAGAUUGAUCUGAUUGAAGUUCAGAAGCUCGCUCCCUGA